AUGUCUAAACGAAAGCGGUAUCCAGUGAUGGCACCAGUGAACGGCGAGUACAGAUUGGAUGAUUUGUUCAGGUCCAAACCAAAAUUCGCAGUGAUCAACAUGGAGGAGAAUCAGAGUGUCGAUGCGAUUGGAUUGACAAAAACUUUGUUCGGUCAAGGUGUCAAAAACGUUCGAUUUUGUGAUGAUAUCUCAAAACUUCCGGAGGUUCAAGCCAUGCUGAAAAUGCACAAAAAUGAGUUAGGACAGUUGAAUCCAGUUAAUGGAAAUGGAGCUCAUGUAGAGGAGCCAAAAAUGGAAGUAAAAGUUGAAGAAACUAAGGUUGAGGAGAAGGUUGAAGAGAACAAAGAACAGAACGAUCUAAUACAGACCCCUGCAGUUCCCACUCCAUCCCUCACCCACCCAGAUUUCGAUCCCCUAAAAAUCCCAAACAUUCUCAAUUUUUUACAAAAAGUUCCAAACGAUUUUUUCACUCCGAUGCUCCACCAAACCGUCCAUUCUCCAUCUCCAACUCAAUCGGAAGUUGGUGGUAAAAGAAGGCCAGGCGAGAAGGAUAAACCGUUGCCAGAGGAGUUUCUAACCUGCGUUUCAUGCCCUGCCAGAAUUCAAAUUUCCAAAGAAUCAACGAUCCGUGCUCAUGUGAAGACCCAUUUGGGGAUUCGGGCUUUUAAAUGUACAGAUUGUUCGUUUGGGAGCGAAUCUUGGAAGACGGUUAUGAGUCACAUGCAAACCGUACAUCAAAAUUACGGACAACCUGCUAAUGAGGAGAAGGAAAGAGAACAGGAUCUCAAGAUUUGGACGGAUAAACUCUUUCCUGGACGAUUCCUCCAAAUGGAAAUAUUGCGGACCGCCCAGAUGAGAAAGAAUAUUUUGAAGGGAAAUGUACAAAAUGGGAUGAAUUCUCAGACUGCUCAAUUAAUGGCUCAAAAGUUGGUACAAGAGAUAAAAGGGAAGGAGGAGGAGAAAAAGCAGGCCACAAUCCUUAGCCCUGCCCAGUUCCUGACAACUAUGAAUGAAGAAAUUCAGAAAAUGCUCAGGGAGGCAUCUGCUGUACAGGAACCUGCUCAAAAAAUGCCGCCAGUCAAAAAGUACAAAUGCACAUUGUGCACCAAAGAAAUCAAAUGCUAUUCUGGCUACGAACUUCCAUCUGAUGGUCCAUUAUCCCGCCAUCUUCGUAACCAUCAUAAAGAGGAUUUAGUGGCAUAUGAGUGUGAAAAAUGUGGAUGGAAGAGUGAAAUGGAGUUCAAAGUCCGCCGUCACAUAGCUUAUAGACAUUGGGAUGCUGCUCGUAAAUUGAAGGCGUUGCCGAGUAGGAGAAGUGGAAAUUGGAAGUUGUAUUUGAAGAAGUAUUUCGGAGAACUCGUCCAGAACAGAAUUCUUGAACUCGAUGAAGAAGAGGUGAAAAACGAUAAAAUGGAUAAGGACAAAACGACAUGGUGCAGUAUGGAAAUGCAACGAACUUUCGGCAUUCCAAUGGAUUCCAAUUGGCAGCCGCCGUACAAAAAAUUCAAGGGAAACGAGGAGGAAACGGUGACAAUUGAGUAG